AUGGCUGGCUCCCCCAUCUUCACCGCCGUGUCUACAUCUGCUAGACAGUUGUAUCUCUUGCUUCGGUGCAUUGCUUUUUCCCAGCGUGCGGAGGUCGAGAUCACCCAACAAGGAAUCAAGUUCUCCGUUGAGGAAGCACGAGUCGUUCAAGGCCUGACCUUUCUCGACAAGGCCCUGUUCUCUUCUUAUAAUUUGAGACUCAAAGAGGAAGAUCAUUCAUUGCCCACCUUUUCGGUCUCAAUUGUUGCUCUACUCGAAACUCUGCAAAUAUUUGGUAUUGCUGAAGCCAGUUCCUCAGCUCGCAAUCCUUACGGUGGAUUUUCAUCUUCGUAUGGGAACGCCUUCACCACUCCGGCUCUGGCGCUUGGAGGCACAUGUCGAAUUUCGUACCAAGAAGCUGGCGCACCGCUCACAAUCACUAUUCAAGAGGGAUCAGUCACCACAACAUGUGAGAUGAACACGUAUCAAGCCCAUGACGAAUAUGGUGACGAUGGCGGUAUCCCCUUGGAUCGGAACUCGUUGUGUUUGAAGGCAAUCAUGCGGAGUGCUUGGUUGAAUGAUGCCAUCGGAGAGCUCUCGGGUACCAAUCCAACAGUUCUUGUAAUCAAUGCUUCGAGCCGUUCUGCCCCCUUUUUCUCAUUGGAGGGCGAAGGAGGCCCGUUUGGUGACAGCACUGUGGACUUUAUGCCCGAAUCGAAGAACGACCCCACCCCCAGUGGACCUAGGGCAAAGAGGCAGCCCCUUGUCACGGAAACAUUCUCAGUCGUUGCACCGUCUGGAAGCAACGGUAGAGUCUGCCAGAAAUACAAGUUCGACAUGAUCAAGAGGGCAGGACGAGCGAUGGCCUUGGCCAGCAAAGUCAGCAUUCGUCAGGAUCAACAAGGGGUGCUUAGCCUGCAAUUCAUGAUUGACUUGGGGGACGGUGCCAAUGCUGGUCCACGGCGAGAUGACAGUGCGGCCGCCAAUGCACCACCUACGCCCGGCAGUGUCGCUUUUGUUGACUUUAGAUUUGUUCCGCUCCUGGAUGAUGAGGAGACCGGAAGCACGGCUGAGCUUGAAGACGAAACAUCUGAAGAGCUCGACCUGGAGCCAGACAAUGAAAACCCUUGA